ACCGACGUCGCUUAACCAGUUCCCGUCUCCACUCAAAUUCCAAAACUGAACCCAGAACCCGCAUCCAGAAAAAACCCAAUUUCCACAUGGAAAAUUCGACGUCGAAUUGAGAACUCUGUUAAGAGAAGAUGUCGACGGUGUACGUUUUAGAACCACCGACGAAGGGAAAAGUGAUAAUCAACACGACGUAUGGCCCGCUCGACAUCGAGCUUUGGCCUAAAGAAGCACCGAAAGCCGUUCGGAACUUCGUGCAGCUUUGCUUGGAAGGUUAUUUUGACAACACAACCUUCCACCGCAUUAUCAAGGGAUUCCUCGUCCAAGGCGGUGAUCCCACCGGUUCUGGCACCGGUGGAGAAAGUAUUUACCGGAGUGUGUUUCCGGACGAGUUCCAUUCGCGUUUAAGGUUUAACCAUAGAGGUAUCGUUGCUUGUGCCAAUGCUGGUACCCCGCAUUCCAAUGGGAGUCAAUUCUUUAUAUCUUUGGAUAAAUGUGAAUGGCUUGAUCGAAAAAACACUAUUUUUGGAAAGGUUACUGGAGACUCUAUUUUCAAUCUUCUGAGGAUAGGUGAGGUCGACACUGAUCAGGAUGACCGACCUUUGGAUCCUCCUCCGAGAAUCAAAUCUGUCGAGGUAUUGUGGAACCCUUUUGAAGAUAUAGUUCCAAGAGUAACUUCGAGGCCUUCAAUUCAGCCUGCAGCUGAGGCUGAAAACAAAGAUUCAAAGAAGAAAGCUGUUAAAAAGCUGAACUUGCUGUCAUUUGGGGAAGAAGCUGAAGAAGAAGAGAAAGAAUUAGCGGCAGUAAAGCUAAAGAUUAAGAGUAGUCAUGAUGUAUUGGAUGAUCCCCGUCUCCUAAAGCAAGAUGUUCCAGAUAAAGAACAAGAUCUAUCUAAUGCCAAAGCUACUAAGGAUUUGCAAUUGUCUGUGAGGGGAGCACUAAGAUCAAGAAGAGAAGGAGAUAAAAAUGAUGCAGAAGCCGAGUUGUCUGAUUCCCUUGAUCAUAGUGAUGAUGAUGAUGAUGAGGCUAGUUUUGAUGCUCAGAUGCGUCGUCAAAUACUAAACAGACGUAAGGAGCUUGUAAAUCUCCCAUCUAAGCAAAAGAUGCAAAACGGGAUCUCUAAACCAAAUGACAAUAAAAUUUCUGCGCAAAGAUCCAAUGAUAAGAGUACUGAUGAUGACCAACCAAGGGUAGAAAAGCUGUCUCUGAAGAAAAAGGGUAUGGGAUCAGAAGCCAAAGCUGAGCGCAUGGCUAAAGCUGAUGCAGAUUUACAGUUGUUCAGUGAGGCUGAACGAGGAAGAUUAUUGCAAAAACAAAAGAAGCGUAGACUUCGAGGACGUGAAGAUGAUGUUUUAGCAAAACUUGAGAAGUUCAAACAAUCUAUUUCCACAAAACCAGCAGCUUCAAGCAGUAAGCCUGAAGGUGGUGAUAAAGAGGAUUUGUCUGACUGGAAAGCAGUUCGGUUGGAGUUUGCUCCUGAUACCAAGGAUGGUAUGUCUCGCAAGGAUGAUCCAAAUGACUAUGUGGUGGUUGACCCUCUUUUGGAGAAGGGGAAAGAAAAGUUCAACCGGAUGCAAGCCAAGCAAAAACGAAGGGAACGCGAAUGGGCUGGAAAAUCUCUUACUUGAUCUUCAUGUGCUGAUAAAAUGAUAAGUUGGUUCACAUGACUGCCCUGUUGUUUGCAUUGACAGUUAGGCUGCUGUGGGAAUAUGAAUUAUAACGUUAUGCGGCCAAAGUCCCGAAAAUCAAAACACAGCUUGGGACUUAUUUUCUUCUAAGGAAUUAGGUAUCGUUCUAGACCCUAAAUUGCUAAUAUGUUAUUACAUUUUUGCACAUUUUGGUGUAUCAGAGUAUAAGAUCUGUAAAAAAAAAUUAAAAUGUUGAAGUGUUGAUUUCGAUUUUGCAGUUAUCACACUAGAAUGGACUGUGUCAUAAGGCAAGAUUUAGUACCAGUGUUGAGAUUAUAAAGAGAGAGAGAGAGAGAGAGAGAGAUGUGUGUAAUUAAAGUUAGAUAUAUGAAACUGAUGGAAUUAAACUAAUGAUACAUUGAUUUCUUAGAUUUGCGAGGUAAAAAGCUGUAGGGUGAAUCGUGGGGUCUCAAAAUUUCACAAUCAUUUUCAUACCUUUUCAAUAAUUUGUUUAACAAGUUGAAUCGUGGGGAAGAA